UCCCCACUCCCGCAUCGUUCGAUCCCCUCUCCCUCUCCCUCGCCGCCGCCGCCGCCGCCGUCCGGCGCGCCAGCAUCGCCGCCAUGCUCCGCCUCCGGGGCUGCAUCCUCCCCCGCCUCCUCUCAUCUCCCGCCACCCCCCUCCACCGCCUCCUCUCCGCGGCCGCGCCGGCCGUUUCUCCGAGCCCCAGCUUCGCCGUGGAGGAGUACCUCGUCUCCACCUGCGGCCUCACCCCAGCGCAGGCCCGCAAGGCCUCCCCCAAGCUCUCCCACCUCAAGUCCCCAUCCAAACCCGACGCCGUCCUCGCCUUCCUCUCCGGCCUCGGCCUCUCCGGCGCCGACGUCGCCGCCGUCGUCGCCAAGGACCCCAAGUUCCUCUGUGCCAGCGUGGAGAAAACCCUGGCCCCCGUCGUCGCUGGGCUCACCGGCCUGGGCUUCUCGCAUUCCGACAUGGCGCGCCUCGCCUCGCUCACCGGCGUCACUUUCCGCUGCAAGUCCAUCAUCGCCGGGCUGCGGUACUGCUUGCCCCUCUUCGGGUCCUCCGAGAACCUCCUUCAAGCCCUAGCUCCAGCGGGUGGCUCCGUUCUCGGGUCCGACCUCGAGCGGGUGGUCAAGCCCAACGUCUCCUUCCUGCUUGAGUGCGGGCUAGGUGCUUGCGAUAUUGCCAAGCUCUACGCAUAUACGCUGUCGCCGCUCAGCAUCAGCACGGAACGCAUCCGGACAGCAGUGGCAUGCGUCGAUGGUCUUGGUGUACCCCGUGGAUCUCCGAUGUUCAGACAUGCGCUACAAGUUGUUGCAUUCGUCAGCGAGGAGAAAAUCACCGCCAAAGUGGAGGGCUUUAAGAAAAAGUUCAGGUGGUCGGAUGCCGAGGUGGGCAUUGCUGUUUCUAAGGCUCCAUCGUUGCUGGUGAGGUCCGAGGACUUGCUGCAGAGCAAAUCGGAUUUCCUUAUCUCCGAGGUGGGACUGGAACCAGCAUACAUUGCUCACCGACCGAUAAUGCUCACUUACAGUCUAGAGGGCCGGCUCAGGCCCCGGUACUACGUCGUCAGAUUUCUCAAGGAAAAUGGAUUGCUAGAUCACGACCGGGACUACUAUGCUGCAGUCGUGAUCAGCGAGAAGGUAUUUGUCGAGAAGUUCAUAUGCCCUCAUAAGGAUGCUGCACCGCACCUCGCUGAAGAUUAUGCAACAGCUUGCAGAGGGGAGGUUCCAGCUAGAUUCAGUUUUACAUGAACCAAGACUAAUAAGAAAAUUGGUAUGUUCAUUAUGUCAUUCGGUAGAGAAGAAAGCAUUGCACUGCUAUGAACUUGUCCUUCCUCGUGUUGUCAUAUUGCACACAUCUUGGAACUAGGAGAGUAUGAGAUCAGGGCAUUCUGCCAAUUUCUUUGAAGUAUCAAUGAGUAGUAUUUGUGCACACUCUGUAUCUUUGUGUUCUAAAAUGGCCAUUGCAGUUUUCAAUGCAAUCCUCCAUCUGCCUUUCAUGAAAGAAUGUUCUUAUUUUGGCCAUGAA